AUGCCUUCUUGCUUUAGAGAAGUCUUUCAUGAUAAGACCACAAUUAUCAUUGAUUGCUUUGAGGUGUUUAUCCAAAAACCAGCUAGUUAUUUAACCCAGCAGCAAACAUGGUCAAACUAUAAACAUCAUAACACAGUUAAAUUCCUUAUUGGAAUUACUCCCCAAGGCUGUAUUUCAUAUAUCAGUAAAGCAUGGGGAGGAAGAACAUCAGAUAAACAAAUAGUAGAGCUCUCUGGUUUUUUGGAUAAAAUAGAACCCCAAGAUAUUGUGAUAGCAGAUCGAGGUUUUUUAAUAAAAGAAUUUUUAGAUGUGUUACAAGCAAAGCUAGUAAUUCCAGCUUUUACCAAGGGGAAAAAACAAUUGCUUCCACUAGAGCUGGAAGAAACUAGAAACAUUGCACAGGUUAGAAUCCACGUAGAAAGAGUUAUUGGCUCCAUUAAAAAUAAAUUUAAUAUUUUUUCAGAGCCACUUCCGAUUUCUAUGUUAACCCAUGUUACUGAUAGUAUAAAUAUAGUUGAUAAGAUAAUUUUUAUAGCAUGUGUUUUGAUUAAUUUAUGCCCUCCUAUUGUUCCAAUUUAA